AUGUCCAGCAGCCCUGUUCCUCAGCCCAGCUCUCCGGCGGAAUGGAAAGCCUACGGCCUGUCCAAGGACGUCGCCAGUAUUCCUCUGCGGGAAGCAGAAAACGUGAACGAAAAUGCAAAAAUCGCGAUGCUCCGGGGGGUUUACCUCGAGGCAUCCGCGGCACUUUUGCCCUCCAUGCUGCGGCUGAAUGUCUUCACCGACGUUCUCGCCCUCACGGGUCGUCAGACGGUCAUUUCGCCGCACAAGAAUGGAGUCAUACAGGUGACUGCGAGAGUUGUGACGGCAGAUGCGCCGGCGACCCUGGCGAUACCAUCCGACGCUUCGGGUGCAAUAUCGAUCUACGCCGCCAUCCUUGAUCAGCCAGUCACCGUGACGACUGGUUCUGAAAGCCUGGAACUUGAUCUCGGACCCGAGUCCGAGUACGCCGGCGUUUCAAUCGCCUUCGACAAUGGCAAAAUGGACCACGAAUACGAGAAGAAGUACCCUCGCUCCACGAGUGACGACCUCAAGGCAAGCCUCAACACGCAGCUACGCAUUUCCCUCGUUCAGUUUUGGAAAAACACGUCCAUUGCGGUCUCGCUGUGCUCCUACGUCGCCGCCAUGACGACGGAUCAAGGCUCGUUCAGCCUGCUCAACACGCAGGCAGUGGCAAUAGGCCAACAACUCGCGGGCCAGGUCGCGGCCGGGCCGGACAUGAGCUACGCUCCAGCUUUGGUCCUCGACAGAUACAAAGAGUCUACGCAGCAGGCGCUCAACGCUGCCACCGCCUUUGAGACCCAGUUCGAGCGGUUCCAGGACAAGAAGGAGUCGGUGGAAAUCCACAAACAGGCCUGGGACACGAUGCUCGCGCAGGCGAGAAACGAGAAUGCCAUGCGCGUCAACCUUCGCAACCUGGCUCUCGAAAAGUACAAGUCGACUCGCGAGACUGCCGUGAGCUGCCAGACACAGUUUGAAGACAACAACUUUGCCUUGGAAAUCCUCAGGAUCCGCUUCGAGAAUGGCCUUCAAAAGUGGAAAGACGAGCAGGAGUUGAAGGCCGUCUUCCAAAUCCUCAUGGCGGCCACGUCAUUUGCAUUGAACAUUGCCACGCUCUGCAUGGGCAAUCCAGGAGGCGGUCCUGGCGCCGCCGACGCCGUGGGACAGGCCGUCAAGGCCGUCAAGGUCGCCGAGGGCCUCGUCGGCCAAAUUGGCAAGUUCUUGAAAUCAGACACGUUUGAGAAGCUGGCCGAGGUCGUCGAGACCCUCCUGGAGCUGUACCCUCUCGUACAGUCCGUGGUGGACGCGGUCGGCCAGUUCGAGGCCGAUCCUUCCGUCGAGAUCCCCUCUCUCGACACCAUCACCGGCAGCAGCCGGGGCGAUGCGAACGCCGCGGCCAUCGUGACCAUGGCUGCGUGGGAUAAGUGGGUUCUCGAGUCCGACGACCAGAUGGAAUUUGCCGUGAGUGAGGGCGUCGACUCGGCCAGCGAGUACAGACUGGCGCUGCGAAAGCACGCCAUCAACGGGAAGCAGCUUGCGCAGGCUCAAGCCGAAAGCGUCAAAGCAGGCUACGAGUAUGUGCAGGCUCAGAUGGAAGUCAUUGUGUCCCAGCAACAGAUCGACGGCCUGCAAAAGCUGAGGGACGGGUACGAGGAGCAAGAGGCCGUCUACGCCCUGGCCGAGUCCAUGCUGUACGACCGUGCCAUGGCUCUGAGAACCACUGUCGUCUUGUCUCUUCGCAACAUGGCAUGGGCCUAUCGCUACUGGGCUCUCGCCGAGAGUUCCAUUAGUCUCGACUCUCGAAAGUCCCUUGUCGAGUACCAGCAGGACCUGUCCAUCGUCAUCCAGGAGAUGGUGAAUGCUGACUCGCGAUACUCGAGCGAUUUCCAGCCAUUCGACUACAACAUCGAUUCUGCAGAUCUCCCGGUCGACCAGGGGCAGUCGAUGAAGGAGGGCAUCAUGGGCAGCAGCCGCACCGGCAGCUUCACACUCGUUCCACAGAGGGGCCUCGCCAGUGACUUUGACGAAGGCUCCCACUACCGUCUGGACGGGCUCAAUCCCACCCUGCUCGGAGUGCUUCCCAAUCCAGGCGCUGUCAAGGGCGGCGUGGCCGUGGUGAACCUGCAAAUCACCACCUCUGGCAUCUAUGCCGACAUCCAAAAAGAACAAGUGUUUCGAUUUGCCAGCCUCCCUCAAGUUCGGAGGUGCUCAUACGAGAUUGACGAGAACGGCGUCAGGGGCAAAACUCGCGUGUAUCCCGCCUUUGAAACCAAGGACCACGCCGAGCCCACGCCCUUUACGCAGUGA